UGUUUGUGGAGGAGAGGGAAGCAGCGGGUGAAGCUGGUCCUGGCGCGACCCCACCCCAUGCCAGAGAGCUUUUGGAGGUGAGUCAGGGAAAGGGGAGACAUUGCGAUCCUUCCUUCCAUGUGUUGGAUUCAAAGGGGAUGAUCGACACUCUGGGGGUGUUUGUGGAGGAGCGGGAGGGCAGCGGAGAAGGAACAAUUCCUCUCCAUCCCUCAGUAUUCCUCUCCAUCCCUCUCCAUCCCUCUCCAACCCUGUCAUCCCUCUCCAUCCCUCUCCAACCCUGUCAUCCCUCUCCAUCCCUCUCCAUCCCUCAUCGUCUUUCAUCAUCCCUCUCCAUCCCUCAUCAUCUCUCAUCAUGCCUUCCUUCCCCCCUUCUCCCUUUCCCUCCCCUCUCGCCAAGCGCAAGCAACCAGAUCUCCCCAACGCCCCAGUCCCCCUUUCCCGCCUGGCGCUACUGCUGGGCGAAUGGAAUGGCUCCUCCACCACCCCACCGACCAACCAUCCACCAUCCCUUCCUUCCCCUCACCUCCCUUCUCCCCCCUUUCCCCAGGCGCAACCAGAACCCCCCAGUGGCCUGA